AUGACACCUGUAACAACUUGUCUUGAUUGUCUUUCAACGAUCGACAUAACACUGAGAAUUCUGUAUGGUGUGAGGGAGAUUUAUGUCUCGCAGCACGUCAAGAUCACGUCCACUAUUGGAUUGAACGACAUCAUAUCUGUGUUUUACACAUUGGCAUUGGCACUUUUGCAUGCCCAUGGCAGAGGUAUCAAUGUUGAGCAUGCCGCAGGUGAGUAUGAGAGUGGUGUAGCUGUAAUAGGCCUUGACCACCUUUGUGGACAAUAUCUUUGGGUGAAUGGAGCUUGUUUGAGGAAUUUAGAUAUUCUUCAAGAAAUUUACUGA